ACGCUGCUGGGCAACGUGCUGGUGUGCGCGGCCGUCGUGCGCGACCGGCACCUGCGCGCCAAGACGACCAACGUGUUCAUCGUGUCGCUGGCGGCGAGCGACCUCUUGGUGGCGCUGCUGGUCAUGCCCUGGAAGGCGGUGGCCGAGGUGGCCGGCUUCUGGCCCUUCGGGGCGUUCUGCGACGUCUGGGUGGCCUUCGACAUCAUGUGCUCCACGGCCUCCAUCCUGAACCUGUGCGUCAUCAGCCUGGACCGCUACUGGGCCAUCUCCAGGCCCUUCCGCUACGAGCGCAGGAUGACCCAGCGCGUCGCCCUGCUCGUGGUGGGCCUGGCCUGGGCCCUGUCCGUCCUCAUCUCCUUCAUCCCGGUCCAGCUCAACUGGCACCGGGGCAAGGCCGGCUCCUGGGCCGGGCUGGAUCUUCCGGCCAACGGCACGACGUGGGAGGAAGCCGCGGAGCCUGGGAUGCGGGCGGAGAGCUGUGACUCCAGCCUGAACCGAACCUACGCCAUCUCCUCCUCGCUCAUCAGCUUCUACAUCCCGGUGGCCGUCAUGAUCGUUACCUACGCGCGCAUCUACCGCAUCGCGCAGGCGCAGAUCCGCCGGAUCGCCUCCUUGGAGCGGGCGGUCGAGCAUGCGCAGAGCUGCCGGGGCCCCGCGGCCUGCGCGCACCACCCGGGCCUGGGCACGUCCAUCCGCAAGGAGACCAAGGUCCUCAAGACCUUGUCGGUGAUCGUGGGGGCCUUCGUGUGCUGCUGGCUGCCCUUCUUCGUCCUGAACUGCGUGGUUCCCUUCUGCCACCGCAGGCCCCCCGGCGGCGCGCGCGGGGCCGGCUGGCCCUGCGUCGGCGAGACCACCUUCGACGUCUUCGUCUGGUUCGGCUGGGCCAACUCCUCGCUCAACCCCAUCAUCUACGCCUGCAACGCCGACUUCCGCAAGGUGUUCGCGCAGCUGCUGGGCUGCGGCCGCCUCUGCGCCCGCACCCGGGUGGAGACGGUGCGCGUCGGCCACGAGCUCCUCGCCUGCCACCCAGACGCCGGCCUCCCCCGGGAGAUCGCGGCUGCCUCCGUCCACGAGGUCCCCAGUGCGGUGGCCCCCGGGGACAGAGAGAUGGAGGAGGAGGAGGAGGAGGAGGAAGAGGGUCCCUUCGGUCACACGUCCCAGGCCUCUCAGAAGUCCCUGGGUGGAGCCCCUGUGGCUGAGUCUGUCCGGGAACUGGACCGCGAAGGGGAGACUUCAUUAGGCAAAAUUACGCCUCUGACCCCAAAUGGAUUCCACCAAAGUGCGUGA